UCCACUGCCGUCGGCACCAGCCGGGAACAGCCUCGCGUUGGCGUCCCGGCUGGUGGGGUCCGGACGCCUCCUGUCUGCCGCCCAGUUCGGGUCCGUGACGCGGAUAGCCCCGCGUCGCUGCCCCUCCCAGCCCAGUGGGCGCCGCGCAGCGCUGGUGGUCGGAUGUUCCCCUCCCGGAGUUGGACAAGUCGGGUUUUGCCGAAUACCUGCGGGCCGGGCUUUGGCCCCGGAUGCUAGUGCCAAACAGUAAUAACAGGCGUGGAUGGAAUGGCACCAGCCAGAGAUACUCCAGUGUCAUCCAACCGUCUAGUUUUGCCAAAUCCACACCAUGGGGAGGCAGCAGAGAUCAUGAAAAGCCAUCAUUCAGUUCUUUUGAUUCUGGAACUUCAACUAGCAGGAACAGGGGCUUUGGAUUGUCUCAGAACCCAUUUGCUUCACCUACCUCUGAUGAGCAGAAAGAAGAAAAAAAACUUCUGGAAGGAAUUGUAAAAGAUAUGGAAGUUUGGGAAUCAUCAGGGCAGUGGAUGUUCUCUGCUUAUUCACCGAUGAAAAAGAAACCUAAUAUUUCAGGUUUUACAGACAUUUCGCCAGAGGAAUUGAGACUUGAGUACCUUAACUUCUUAACCAGCAAUAACUUACAGAGUUAUCUCACCUCUGUCCAACAGUUAAUAAAUCAGUGGAGGAAUAGGAUAAAUGAAUUGAAGAGUUUAAAUACUUCAACUAAAUUAGCUCUGCUCUCUGAUACAAAGGAUGGAGCAAAUCCAACGGCCCCCACCUUUGGCUUUGGAAGUGGGCAAGUAGGAGCAUUUGGGUCAUCAGGUUUUCCCAUGAAUAGCAGCAGCAGUGGCAGUGCUCAGAACUUUAGUUUUAAAACAAGCCCUGGAUUUGGCACCACUCCUGGAAGCCCAUCUGUGUUUGGUAGCCCUCCAGCAUUUGGAGCUGUUCCCUCUGGCAGUUCUGCCGUCUCUGCUUCCACUCCAGCUUUUGGACUUAGGAAACCUGACGUCACAUCUGUGGCUGCAUUUUCAUUUAAGAGCUCUGCAGCUUCCGGUUUUGAGUCACCUGGAUUUUCGGGAUUUCCAGCCUCUGUGGCAACAGGCCCUGUGGGAGCUCCAGCCUUUGGAAGCAGCAGUGCUAUGUCUGGUUUUGGUAGUCUCAGUUCUCAGUCUCACACUGUGUUUUCUAAGCAACCUAAUGACAUCUUUGGAGGUAGCAGUGUCUCCACCUCUCUCCCAGGCUCAAAUGUCAUCGUCACUACACAGAAUGCGUUAUUCACACCCAGAGAUCAACUGACAGUAGAAGAACUGGAACAAUAUCAAUCCAAGAAAUUUACUCUUGGAAGAAUUCCUUUAAAACCACCACCUGUGGAGCUCCUAAGUAUCUAAAGGGUAAUUUUAAAUACAGAAUAGAAUAGCUUUUAUUAUUUUUAGUUUUUUGUGGUGGGGGGGUCCAACUUGGGCUUUUAUAAAGCAUGCUACCUCUGAGCUAUACCCUCAGUUCUAAGAAUGGAUUUUGAAAUUAUUCUGAGUGGUUCAGAUGAGAGAGCAGAUGUACACACACACACACACACACACACACAC